AGCUUGAAAAACACAGCCCUGGAAGAUACAGUCCUUCAAAAAGCACACGGAAGGACUUUCAAAUGCAAUUAAAAAUAGCCAAGCCCAAUUUCUUGCCGUGUUUUAUUUGGAAACGAAAUCCUCAGUUCCACCACAGCAGUCACCUUGCUUGGGAGUAACAGCACUAAGCCCUGUAAAAUACAGUUUCCCAAAGAAGGUUAGACUUCUGGAAAACGACAGAUCUUCAUCUGGCUGCUGAGCUUGGGAAGACCCUGUUGGACCGAAACACAGAAUUGGAGACCUCUCUGCAGCAGAUGUAUUCCACCAACCAGGAGCAACUGCAGGAAAUAGAGUAUCUGACAAAGCAAGUGGAUCUUCUGCGUCAGAUGAAUGAUCAGCACGCCAAAGUCUAUGAGCAGCUUGACGUUACUGCUAGAGAACUGGAAGAUGCGAAUCAAAAACUGGUUGCUGAUAGUAGGUCCUCUCAGCAGAAGAUAGGAAGUCUCACGGAGACGAUUGAGAAUCUCCAGACUCACAUUGAUGAACUGCAGAGGCAGGUGGAAGAGCUGAAGAACUCUGGGCAAGGCCACAUGAAUUGUGAAAGACCCGAGCAGCCAAAAUCUGUCCACAGUUUUCCAUGCCUGAAGGAACUGUAUGAUCUUCGCAAGUAUUUUGUAUAUGACCAUAUCUUUGCAGAAAAGAUUAUAUCUAUGGAUAAUCAGCUAAGUCCUGUAGAAGAGGAAAACCAAAAUUUGAAGAAGGCUGUAUCUCUCUUGCAAACUCAGCUCAACUUGGAAAAAGAAAAGAGAUUGUCUAUGGAGGAAGAGUACAGUCUUCUGCUCAAAGAAAACAAUGAUCUUGAGCAACGGCUGGUGGACAUCAAUCUGUACCGGGCGAGAGUGGAGGAGCUGGAGGUAGAAGUGGCUGAAAUGAAGCAGCACUUUAAUUCUGGAAGCACAUGCAUGAAUGGGAUGGAGCAACUUGUCCCAGAAUCUUUUUUCAUUUCUCUUAAAGACCCUGUAGAAAGAGAACUCAGCCAGAGUCCUUUGGAUGGAAUGUCCUUCAUCCUUCCUGAACUUGAAAAAAGGUCCCUCAAAAGAAGCAGCAGCGAGAGCUUGCUUAGCAGUGCUGCAGGUGAGGACCUGUUCAAAGGCCAUGAAGAGACCUGUAUCCGGCGGGCGGAAGCCGUGAAGCAACGGGGCAUUUCUCUGCUAAACGAGGUUGAUGCCCAGUAUAACGCCUUGAAGGUCAAGUAUGAAGAACUGCUGCAGAAGUGUCAGAUGGACAAAGAAUUUCUGGACCACAAGGCUGUGCAGACCUCAAAACAGUAUUCCAAAGAUGUCAAUGGAGGGGGUGUAUCCCUGGAUGUGUGUCUUAGGGAGCCUGGUUCCCCCAACGCUGAUUCAGCCAGCUUUUCUUCCAACGCUCCCCCUGAAUAUAAACUUCUCUUCAAGGAAAUCUUUAGUUGUAUCAAGAAAACCAAAAAGGAAAUAGAUGAACAUCGGGCAAAAUAUAAGUCUUUCUCUUCUCAAUGUCCUUGAAGCGUAUUGGUAUAAUGGUGGGGCUAAAAAAAAAUAAAACCUUUUUCAUGAAGUAAUCCUUCUAAUGUUUCUUAGAAUACAAGAUGUAGCAUGGCUGUAUUCUUCCAAGGUAUAUGUUGGCUGAUUUUCUGUAGAAUGAGUUGGAUCCAUCUCACCAUGAACCAAGUUCUCCUGAGGGAGAGCAACUAAUUUGCAAAUUAAUUUUGUUAUGUAAUUCAAUUAACAAUCCUCGUUCUACUCAAAAAGCCUGAUGUAGAAAUGAGAACCAUGCAAGUUAUAUUACAAACUGACAAUUCUCCUGGGCUUAGAUUCUUCCUGGGUGUUGCAAAGUGGAACAUAAAAAUUCUUUGGUAGUGUGCCAUUGUUAUAUAUAACCGCAAGCCAGCUAUUAAACAUUGUGUACUGCUACAUUUCUUAAACCUGAGAAUUUUACAGAUCUGUCACUAUUUGAUAUGCUGGGAUGACAUUGUCUUAUCUGAAAAUCCAGUCUGGCCUCUCAUUUAAAAAAAAAAAAA